ACAUGAUCCAGAUGAGAUGUCAAUGUGCCCAGUUUCAUUCUUGCGUACACAUGAACGCGGGUGACAGCUCUAAUAGUAAAUGAAAUUUUAAACGCACUAUACACUAUCUCUUCAAAACCGGCGCCACCCCAAAUAAGGCAUUGUUGUCGGUUUAGCCUUUCCGGAACCUAAUUAAAUCACGUUUUUGAGAUGACACUGUCCCCAGCCCAUGCUGAUUUUAUCCCGGGUUAUUUCUGGAGGUCUGUAAGCGAUCCACAGCCCUUUGGAAGUCGGGAUUCUCGCAAAACGAUGGGAUAUAUAAAGCAAGCUGCAUGAGCUGAGGAUCUCCAGAUAAAAUCAGUCGGAAGGAAAGAUGUUCAGCGUGGCCCAGACCUCCAAGUCCCAGUUCCUGGAUAAAGCCAGGCAAGCUCGGGAAGAGAGGAAGGGGCAUAAGGAGCGUGAGAGAUCCGCCACUCAGAUCCAGGCACUGGUCCGGAGGUUCCUAUGCCGCUGCCGGUUGCAGAAGCAAAUAAGGAAAGAGGUGGAUGAGUUCUUUCAAGCUUAUGAAGCUGGAACCACCAAAAGAAAUGCACUUUCCAUUUUUAAAAAUGCAAGAAAAUUAUUAUUCAUAUACAGUAAGGAUGAUAAGCUGAGGUUUGAGAAGCUCUGUCGCGUGAUACUUAGCAGCAUGGAAGCAGAAAAUGACCAAAAGGUGUGGUAUGUGUCCCUUGCACUGUCCAAAGACCUCACCAUCCCUUGGAUUAAACAAAUUAAAGACAUACUGUGGGUGUGUUGUGAGUUCUUGAAAGUACUGAAGCCUGACAUAAUGCAGGACAGCAAACUGGUUACUCUGUAUCUCACCAUGCUGGUGACAUUCACAGACACCUCAACAUGGAAGAUUGUCAAAGGCAAAGGGGAGAGUCUUCGACCGGCGCUGACACGCAUCUGUGAGAAUAUCAUGGGUCACCUCAACCAGAAGGGAUUCUACACCAUUCUGCAGAUUUUAUUAACUAAUGGACUGGCUCGAUCCAGACCAUCAUUUUCUAAAGGAACCCUCACAGCAAUAUUCACGCUUUCAUUAAGACCUGUUGUUGCUGCUCACUUCUCUGACAACCUCCUGAGGUCCUUCCUGAUCCACAUCAUGUCUGUUCCAGCCAUCGUCUCACACUUCAGCUCUCUCACACCUGAGUGCAUGACCUCCUUUCAGACUCACGAACUGCUCCGGAAGUUUAUCAUCUUCCUGAGCCGGGAAGAGCAGUGCAUGGACAUAUGCGUCUGCCUGGAGGGGAGCCACACGCUUUGCUUGCUGGGGAAUCUGAUUCAUCUGGGAUAUGUCACUGAGAAGGUGCUUGAGGAGGAGGCCGGUCACUUUGUGAAAGAUCUGACGGACAUGCUGUCCUACUGCCAGCGCUACGUGUCCCAGAAGAAGUCCAACCUCACGCACUGGCACCCUGUCCUGGGCUGGUUCUCUCAGACGGUCGAUUACGGUUUGAACGAGUCCAUGCCUUUGGUCACCCGACAGCUUCAGUACCUGUGGGGGGUGUCCAUCAUCCGGACUCUGUUUUCUGACGUUCUUAGCAAAAAGCUAGACAGCCAGGAGCCAAUGCCCCAAACUCCACAGCCCACCACUUCUCAGAACAACCUGCCGGUGAAAAACCUCUUCAAGAGGGCCUUCCAGAAGUCUGCGUCUGUACGCAACAUCCUGAAGCCCGUUGGGGGCAGGCGGGUGGACUCGAUUGAGGUGCAGAAAGUGUGCAGUGUCUGCAUGCUCUACCAGACAGCUCUGACCACACUCAACCAAAUCCGGCUGCAGAUUCUCACUGGACUUACAUACCUGGAUGACCUGCUCCCCAAGUUAUGGGCCUUCAUUUGCGAAUUAGGACCCCAGGGGGGACUCAAGCUCUUUCUGGAGUGCCUGAACAAUGACACAGAUGAGUCCAAGCAGCUCCUGGCCAUGCUGAUGCUCUUCUGUGACUGCUCCCGGCAUCUCAUCACAAUCCUGGAUGACAUUGAAGUGUACGAGGAACAAAUCUCAUUCAAAAUUGAAGAGCUGGUGACCAUUUCCUCCUUCCUGAACAACUUUGUGUACAAGAUGAUCUGGGAUGGCAUCCUGGAGAAUGCUAAGGGUGAGAAGUUGGACCUGUUUCACAGCGUCCACGGCUGGCUAAUGGUGCUUUAUGAGCGUGAUUGUCGGCGCCGGUUCACCCCCGAUGACCACUGGCUACGCAAAGAUCUGAAGCCAAGCCUUCUGUUCCAAGAGUUGGAGAAGGGAAAGAGAAGAGCUCAGCUGUUGCUGCAGUACAUCCCCCAUGUCAUCCCGCACAAAAAUAGGGUCCUUUUAUUCCGUAAUAUUGUGACAAAAGAAAAGGAGACUUUGGGAUUGGUGGAGACAAGCUCUGCCUCCCCACAUGUUACCCACAUCACCAUUCGUCGUUCUCGAAUGCUGGAGGAUGGCUAUGACCAGCUGCGCCGAUUACCCAUCAACUCCAUCAAGGGGGUCAUCCGAGUGAAGUUUGUCAAUGAUCUUGGGGUGGAUGAGGCUGGUAUUGACCAGGAUGGGGUCUUUAAGGAGUUUCUGGAGGAGAUCAUCAAGAAAGUCUUCAAUCCAGCACUCAACCUAUUUAAGACCACCAGUGGAAAUGAGAGGCUCUACCCUUCUCCAACAUCCAACAUCCAUGAGAACCACCUACAACUCUUUGAGUUUGUGGGUAGGAUGCUGGGCAAGGCUAUGUAUGAGGGCAUUGUGGUGGAUGUGCCUUUUGCCUCCUUCUUCCUGAGUCAAGUAUUGGGCCACCAUCACAGCAAUUUCUACAGCUCUAUUGACGAGCUGCCUUCCCUGGAUUCGGAGUUCUACAAAAAUCUGACCUCUAUAAAGCGCUAUGACGGAGAUGUCAGCGACCUUGGUCUGACCUUGUCAUACGAUGAAGAAGUCAUGGGACAGCUGAUCUGCCACGAACUGAUCCCAGGGGGAAAGACCAUGCCUGUCACCAAUGAAAAUAAGAUCAGCUACAUCCACCUGAUGGCGCACUUCCGCAUGCACACUCAGAUCAAGGAUCAGACAGCGGCCUUCAUCCGUGGCUUCCGCUGCAUCAUCAAUCCGGAGUGGCUACACAUGUUCUCCACUCCGGAGGUGCAGCGGCUUAUCUCCGGGGACAAUGCUGAGAUCGACCUGGAUGAUCUCAAGAAACACACUGUGUACUACGGAGGAUUCCACAGCAGCCACCGAGUGAUUAUUUGGCUGUGGGACAUCUUAUCCAGUGACUUUUCGGCAGUGGAGAGGGCAAUGUUUCUCAAGUUUGUCACCAGUUGCUCACGGCCCCCCCUCCUGGGUUUUGCCUACCUCAAGCCGCCGUUCUCCAUUCGUUGUGUGGAAGUCUCUGAUGAUCAGGACACGGGGGACACCUUGGGCAGUGUCCUGCGGGGCUUCUUCACCAUCCGGAAGAAGGAGCCAGGAGGCCGACUGCCCACCUCAUCCACUUGCUUCAACCUGCUGAAGCUGCCCAACUACAGCAAGAAGAGCGUGCUCCGGGACAAGCUGCGCUACGCUAUCAGCAUGAACACGGGCUUCGAGCUGUCUUAGGGCUCCACUCAAACUUCUGGGAUCCAGAGAGGCCCUGUCUACUGGCACCGCACCCAAAAGGGACACUCCCCUUGCUGGCCCUCCAUGCAGACAGGAAGUCCCUCCUAGCACUCCCCCAGACAGGAAGCUCCUCCUCUCUGAUACCCUAAAGCUGCCUGUGCACUCCUACACCCUAUAGGAGGAUGCCCUUCAACCUGACACCUGGCUGUGAAACUGGCCAAUCAGUUACAGACAUUUUGAGACUGGUUUUGACGAUUAGAAAGCAUCUGAGACAGAACAACUUCACCCUUUUAACUAAAUCUUCUCAGCUAUAGCCCAUGGUUAAAACCGAAUGCUAGGUUAAUGUAAUGUAAUUAGAUGCCUCUUAAAAUCUAGUGUUUCUCAGGCAUAUGAACAAGGUUUAUGAUCUCUCACUACAUAUUUAUUAAACUGGACAGCAAUACAAAUGCAAGCCAUGAAAAAGAAAAAACUUACAGGAACACACGAGGAAUUAUGGGGAAUUACACAUACCUGGCACGAUCCUUAAAUAGAAAUUGAGAAACAUGCAUUUUUUUUUUCUUUUUUCUGAAGACACGUUUCCUGUAACAGCAGCUGGAGACUGGGUGUCUUUGUGUAUUUAUGGGGUUUCAACACUAUCCUUACCCUCUACAGAAUAAGGUGAUUUUGUAUCAGUUUUCCCAUAUUCCUGUUUCCUGAGGACAGUAUCUUAUCUGUCCUGCUUUCUGCCUGUUUACUGCUGUUGCAGAAUUGAUCAAAUAUGACUAGAUUCCUUGCACCUUCAUUUACACAUCCAUUCCCAAUGCUAAGCGAUAACAGAAACUGCUACUACUGGCAUCUAAUGUAGAUGGCACACAUUUUUAAAACCGUUGCAGCAUUAAUUCUUUUACCUUGUGACAAGUUGUGUUGUGACAUAUCUGAUCUUGUCCUACAACUCGGUGACAGAGGUCUGUUUUGCUACGGGGUUGUUUUGUUGCUUUAAAACAUGGAAAACACAAAAACGCAAAGCCAUUUUCACAGAUGAUAGCUUGAAGUCCAAAUGUUCUUGUUUCUAUGGCGACUUCUCUUUUUAUUGCCGCCAUGAAUUGCCAGGCAAAUGAGAAAUGGACCACACACCCUGGUUCAGCUUUGCUAACAUGUAGACUCCCUUGAGGAAAAUCCUUCAUGUCUUUCAGCUGUGCUGCAUUGUGGGGAAGAAUUUGGAAAUGUCACCUUAUCUCUGGGAAUGAAGCCAUAAACUUGGGUGGGGGGGGACAACCACAAUUAUAGCAGAGAUCGUGAGAAGGCUGUGCUCCUCGAGCAGCAAAGCCCGCUGCGAAUUGGGUGCUGUCAGAUGCAUGUACGCAAACAUCCACCUGUGCUCAAAGCCGUCCAAUAGGAAGCAGGGGAAAAAGGACAUGUACAACAGCCCUCACCCAAGGCAUUGUGGAAUGGCUUGUCUUUUUUUAAGUCAUCUAAUCUCCAUGACACUGAAAGAAGGGUUUUUAUUUUUUUCCAAUUUUUGAUGAAAAGCUAUAGAUGAAUAAUUAGGUUUUUAAAUCUUUUUUUUCCCCAUGGAAUUCUAAUGAGCCCUUUUAUUUAACAUUUGUAAGGUUACGUAAUUGAUGGACUGUCUUGUGAAAAUCAAUAUGUAACCUCUCGGCACUACUAUGGGAGUUCAGAGUGAAGUGUUAAGGGUUAAAAAGAAUAGCAAUAGACUAAUUCUAAUUUAAUUAUGCAAAGUUGUCUGUUUGAGGCAUCAGUCAGUGUGUUUGUGUACUUGCAACCCAGCGACCAGGUGGUGUUUCUCUGAAAACUUUUUAUUUUUCUCAGAGUGUUUUUCAGUUCUGGAGCUAUGUAAAAGUACCCAUCCAUCAAGCACACAGAAUGUAUGUGCUGUAAGUGUAACAUCCAGGUUUCUGUUAGAGAGUCCAGCAUUUCAGUUGUUCAGUUUGUGAAAUGAAUAAUAAAUUUUUAAAUCUGGGUUGGUAUUAGCUAGCCUCCCCCUGUCUGAUGGGUAGGUAAUUGAAGUGAGGUUUCUCCUUGUGAGGCUGUUAUGGAGCUUUCAGGAGCCUUUUCAUGAUGGCCCCCGUGCUUUACAAAACUCGUCUUUGAUUUACUGACCCUUUUAAGAUCAAGGUUCUAAAAUCACCUCUGGAAAAGUGUGACUUUAAGUAAUGGGCACUGGAGCUGCCUGGUGACUCAAAUUGAUGUACAGCUGGAUGUCAUUGAACAGCUAGUUCUACUCAUAAAUCUAUUCAUAAAAUUUCCAUAAAUGUUGAUGUAUGGCAUAUACAUAUGUAAAUGUAUAAAUGACUGCUGGGGGAAACAACUAUGGAGAUUUUUAUUAAUAUUUGGUAUCCGUUUUUAAAUUACACGUGUAUAAAGGAAUCUGCGUUUCUUUAUAGGUCAGUCAAACUGAUUUUUAUGGAAAUCUCUGGUGUUUUCUAAGAAAGGGCUCUGUCUAGUUUUAAGUGUGUUGUGGUCACAUCAGUCCUGUCCUAAUGCCGUUUCAAGGGCUUCGUACAAAAUCGACUUCAUUGAUGUCCAACGUAAGAGUCUGGAUGAUAUGGGGACUUGUUUAUGAUGGAUUUAGAAGAGUGACAACUUCAAGUUCACCAGAGUCAAAAGAUACCUCACAGGCUCAGCCUAGUGUUCCUGAUCUUACUCGUCAGUGUUUAAUGAUGUCAUGAAAUUUUACACUUGCUCUCCCUUUUAACAUGAAUCCAGGAAAAGAAAGAGAUGAAAUACUUUCUCCCUCUUAAAAGUGUCUUGGAAGAUAAAAAAAAAAAUAUAUUGGUUGCACUGUGUGAAAUACUAGGUUUAUUUCAAUGUAAAAUUGAUUAUUGUGUAUUAUCUCAUUGAAGUUAUUUCUGCUGUAAUGUAAUAACAUUAUUGUUAACUCACCAUGUAAACCUUUCAUUUUUCUUAAACAUUUAUAGCUAC